CAGGGACCUGUCUUCUCUCACUCUGGCAGAAGUUCUCAAUGCAAAACAAAGUUUGAUCUGUGCUUGUGGUGUGAGGAUCUCUCUCUCUCUCUCUCUCUCUCUUAAGCUUAGUUGGAGAUGGCAGAAAGUCAAGCUCCUUUCUCUUGUCAGAUCCCGGGGAGACAUAGGAGCAAUAGAGACCCUUUCAGGGAACCUGGCUUGACCUCUCGUUUUUUGGAUGAUGAGUUCGCUUUCCCCGACCACUUCACAGCCGACUGGCCCGACUGGGCUCGACCCAGGCUCACCUCCACCUGGCCAGGACCCUUGAGAACUUCCUUCAAUGGUCCCAACAGAGAACCGCAAGCCACCUAUUCCCCGUCGCCUCCUCAGUACUCGGCUCGCUACAUGGGUUACCCAGAGUCCAAGAGCCAGACCAGCCUCACCCCAGGGGAACCUUGGAAAGUGUGUGUCAACGUGCAGAGCUUCAGACCCGAGGAGAUCACAGUGAAAACCAGAGACGGUUUUGUGGAGAUCUCAGGGAAACACGAAGAGAAACAGGAGGAAGGCGGGAUCGUGUCAAAAAACUUCACCAAAAAGAUCCAGCUGCCGAUGGAAGUGAACGCUGUGACUGUCUUUGCGUCCUUGUCCCCCGAAGGAGUUUUAAUCAUCGAAGCCCCCCCUGUGAGACCACCCUCCUACCUGUACGGGGAUGAAUGCAUGGCCGUGGACCGAGAAGGAAGUGAGUUCGAAAACCAGGAACAGACCGUUUCAUCUUAAUCCCAGUUUUGCCACAAAGUCACACGUCGUUCGAAAACAAGUUCUAUGUGUAUUACUUUUUGUAACAAAGAUUGUAUAUAAGUCAUUAUUUGUUUACUUUGAUACUUCAGGAUGGUCUUAUGGAAGAUAUUGAUUCGUUUUGGUCUAAUUUGUAUAUGAGACGAGGACUGUAUAUUGAUCAGGGCUUUUUUUUUGGCAGUAAAAACCAUGUGUUUCCAUGCCUGGCAGAGCAGAAUGGGCUCUAUCGAUCCUUCUGUAAAAGUGCCUUAUUUGUUGAUUUUAAAUAAAAUGCGGUUUGAAAAUGU